UGUAGCUUUCCUAAGUAAAAAGAUAGGUUAGGCAUUAUUUUCUAAAAACAACAUGGAUGAAUUGUUGGCAAAUUCAGCCCUAGAGGCUGAAAAAUUCAAGCCAACAACUGUAAAUAAGCUUAUUGAUCUAAAUUAUGACUUAGGAACGCUUUUAGCAGAAGAUACAAAUGAGUUCGAUACAAAUUUAUUAAGGCGACAAAAGGAAGACUAUUUGCUUAAGUUAGCUAGAGAUAAUACACAAUUACUAUUAAAUCAAAUAUGGGACUUACCUACAGAGCGUGUAGAGGAAGCUAUUGUAGUGAAAUUACCACUUCAAAAGACCUUAUUACCUAGGAUGAAACCAAUACCUAAACCUAGAGCUUUAACGAAGUGGGAACAGUUUGCUAAAGCGAAAGGUAUACAGAAAAAGAAAAAAUCUAAGUUAUCAUGGGAUGAGCAACUUAAAAAGUGGGUUCCUUUAUAUGGCUUUAAGCGAGCACAAGCUGAAAAAGAGAAAGAUUGGGUUAUAGAAGUUCCAGCCAAUGCCGAUCCAAUGGAAGAUCAAUUCCAAAAGAAGGUCCAAGCUAAAGGUGAGAGGGUGGCUAAAAAUGAGUUGCAGAGGCUGAGGAAUAUUGCAAAAGCCAGAAAAAUUAAAAUCCCCCGAGUUGGUGUCACAAAUCCUGAAGUUUCCACUGCUAAAGAUUUACAAGCAGCAGUGACUAUAGCAAAAGCGUCAACAGCAAGUUUGGGCAAGUUCCAGAGGGAAUUGCCUAAGGAAAAAGAAGCAAGAGGAGUUUCAGCAAUCACACCUGGAGCAUCGAGAAAAAGGAAACUGGCACCAGUAUCUGGUGAUACAGAAAGGAAGGAAACUUUAGCUAUUGUAGAUUCAAUUUUGAAUAAGAGGCCUAAAUUGGAUAUAGAAAAAGCUGUAGCGAGACAUGUUAAUACCGAAGUUGGAGGAAGUUCUCAUCAAGGAAGAUCAGAGAGCAGGAAGUCAAACUCCAAAGGAAAAAGUAAUGCUAAGAAACCUAAAGGCAAGAGUGGACAAAGGAAAGGUGGUAAAAGUGGAGGUGGUAGGAAGAGACGUUGAUAGUGUUUGUUAUUGUUUAAUGCUGUGUAUAUAAUUUAGAUUAAGGACACUUACCGGAUCAACAGUGGGGAAUUCCGCCUCCUUUUCAGCGGCUCGAUGAAUUAUACGAAGCAUGUAUUUAAAAAAGGCAUUUCGGUUUUUUUUAACCACAGGAUCGUCAGACUUUAAAUUACACAAUUUUUGGAUCCACUUUUUGCAAAUAUGUCUGUCUAAAAACAAUUAGUAAUGUAUACAAAGCCUGACAAAUCAGUAGCAAUCAUACAGACAUCUUUAUUAGAUGAUGAGGAACUUCAGUCGUGACCAUAGGUGGUAUUAGCAUUUUUUUGUAUAUAGUUCUUCCAAUCUCUUCGUUUUACAAUAAUAAAACAUCGUUUUUGUUAUUAUAUAUUUUGUAAAUAACUUAGGUUAGUAGGUUAGUAUAGGUUUAAAAUACGUGGAUGUUUAACCACUCUUCAAUUUGACCUAAUAGGUCUAUUGUGGCUCAAUAAGAAUAUAAUUUUUUUAUAAGGUUUUUAAUAUAAUUUUUUCCAAAUUGACAUUUUUAAAAACCUCCAGGGAAAAUUCAUUUUGGGAGUUUAGCAUAUGUCGUGAGAAUAACAUGAAAUUUAGAAUUCAAAGGCUAUUGGAAGGACUAUAAUACACAUUUUUGUUUUUAUCUUUCGGAUUGCUACUUACAAAGAUCACAUAUUUUACACAUAUUUUAAUGUAUUUAAAGUAAGUUAUUGUAGAAUAUUUGUGAUGACAAUAAUAAUUUUUGAAAAUACUCUUCAGAAGCAUAUUUUUUUACUCAAAGGCAAUAUUUAAAAUAAUGCGCAACAUCGUCCCAUGCUAAAACCAUUGCCGAAGAGAGGUUAAUGGUUGUAUAAAAUUCAGAAUAAAAAGUCACAAAAACGCUAUAUCUUGACCUGCAAGAUAGAAGUCAUCGCUCAAGUAACUAUAGAGCGAUUUAUUCACCUAAAUUUAACUUGAUUCUAGUAACAAUAUAGUUUUGUGGGUUUCUCACUUCGGUUGAAAUGAUUUACAUAAAAAAAAUACAAAUCAAAUUAAAUAUUUAAGUAGCAAUCCAAUUUAUUGAAUGAUCUGACAGCUUCAGAAAUAUUAAAUAUUUUGUUUAAUA